UAAGAAUUGAGUGGGGUUAUUUAAAAAAGUUUUGGUGACAAUGGAAAUUCCAAAAAAGGUAACAGCAUUACUUUUUUUCUCCCCUUUUUUCUCUUUCUCCCUUUCUUGCUUUUAUUUAAAAAAAACAAAAAAAAAACAAAAGAGGAUUCUCAUGGCUCUCGCUGCUAAUGACUACCUUGAAAAGAAAAAAGACUCGCUCAUAAAGAAGAGUCAUGUCCGCAGUCAGUCCUCACAGGCUUCCAACUUGGACACCUUUGGUAGUGACAAUAGAGGAUGGUUGGAAUCUGUUUCUGUUCAAGUUAAGCCUUCGCACUCUUUAGAUAGGAAAUCAUUAGCUACAAAUGACAUGCCUUCUAAUAACACAAAAAAGCAUAUAAAGACAAAUAUAUCUCAAAAAGACAUUCUCGGUGCUGUAUCUGAUGAAGACAUUUUAAAGCUGACAGAAAUGACAGUUCAACUACCUAAACCAACAAUUAACAAUUCAAAACCACCACCUAAACAACGAACUAUAGAAAAGCACAAUCCACUGUCAGUUGAUCAACAACCGGCACCUUCUUUACAUAGUUCUGAGAUCUUAUUGGAUGAAGAACAUGACCGAAAACGAUCUUCUUGGCUAUAUAAACUGAAAAAGCCCCAGAGAUCAAAGAGUAAAUCAAGACAGAAUGAUAUAAUAUCUGAUGAACAGCCUUCUCAAAAAACACCUGCAGCUUGCAUGGUUGAAGAAUUCUAUCAAAAGCAUGGUCGAGUGAAAGAAGAAGAAGAGGAUGUGGUGAUGGUGGAAGAGGAAGAAGAGAGUUUAGAACCAUUCUUGAAGAGAAGACAUUCAUUUGACAGUUUUCAUUCAUUUCAGAAAGAACCAAAAGAAGAAUCAAACAUUCAGAUAACAAGCGAAUUUGAGAAUCAACCUCAGGAAAAGACAAUUACAUUGCUGUUUGAUUAUUGUUCGCUACCAAAAGAACUCAAGAGUCUAAUUGAUGCAUACGAAUACAAGGGAAAGGUGAAGCAUGUUAGAAAAACAGUGUGGUAUGAAAAUGGAGUCAAUAGUGAUACAGUCAGUAAUGUGCUUACCAUUGACGAUGAAGAUGAAGACGAAGAGUUAAAUAAAGAGGAGGAAGAGCAAGAUGUGGAUGAUGAUAAUGAAGAAAAUCCAGUUUAUCAUAAGCAUAUCAUUAAAGGAGAAGCCGAAAAAGUCAAUUACAGGUCAAAUCCAGUGCGAGAUAUUGGUAUGUAGUGAUAUCCAUGGUGCUGCUCUAAUUACCUGUUAUUAGCCAUAUUGACCACGACAGAGUCUGAGAAUAUCGAAUUUACAAAGCUGGUGCAAAUACCAAGUCAA